UGUCUCAGUGCCGGUGUCUUGGGUGCAGAUUCGGAGGACAACAUCGGGAAGUCAGCGUCGGAGAGGCGAGCCACGCGGGAGCUAACGGAGCUGGUGGAGGGAACCCUGGUUGCCGCGGCGAGAGACAUGUGGUCUCAGUACAACCGUGUCAACGCCGCCUUCACACUCCGUACCCUGCAGGAGAUGCAUCAGACGGAGCGUAUCAUCUCAGAUUUGGAGGGGUCCAUCUGGGCGAAGAGAGCCCCCCUCAGAGUGGCUCAGUCCAGGCUGGAGGAACGCACCUAUAGACCUAAUAUAGAGCUCUGCAGGGACCAACCACACACCAGGUUGCUGUCUGAGGUGUCUGGUCUCCAGGACACUGUUUUAUCUCUGAGACAGAGGUUGUCUGAAGCCCAGGCCGCCCUGCAGCAGCUGGCUGGUUGUAAGAGUGUUUUAGAACAGGAGCUUUACACUAAGGCCCAUUCCCUGUUUAUCGACCAGGAGAGAUGUCUAGGACUCCGCAAGACAUACCCCCACCCCAAGACUGGUGGGGUACACAUAGACAAGACAUACCCCUCCACCCCUAGACUGGUGGGGUACAUAUAGACAAGACA